AGUUGUUGUUUCCAACUGCGUAUACCCCAGCUAGAAAUCAUGUAGGUUGUCGGUACCUGACGUUGGUCACUGUUAGAGUCGGGUAAAGUAGAUCUUAAAGAAGCCAUGGGCCAGAAACCUGAAGUCAAAAUAGACCCUGAGGACAACAAAACCGGAAAGACACGGUUCCAGCCUCGUUUCAGGAUCGCGCUGGGAUUGGCUGUGGCAUUGCUGCUUGUGACAUGCGCAGUGGCUGCAGCUGGGCUGAUGACGUACUUCCGGGGAAAAUGCGGAAACAACCGGUUCACCAUUAAGGCCUGCGUGAAUGGUCAGACGUUCACAGAGGAGGUAGAAGUGGACCGGGAGAACGGCAUGGUGGUGUACCGUGAUGACGUCAGCAAUGAACACGGGGAGAUCGUGCAAACCAAAGAGGGACUGACUGUGCUUUACUACGGAGGUAACUGUUACGUUUUGGAGGACGAAAGUAACAAUCAGACAGAUGGCUUUGACUUUGAUGCGGUGGAAGCUUCGAUGGAGUUCUUGGCUUAUAGCAGUGAGGUGCCACGUUUUGACGUUGACCAAGUCGUGUUCCUGAACCGGUCAGUUCCGGUAAGCCCUGAAGAUGACGUCAUCCUACGAUCACAGCUGCCACCUGUGUGUCAUGACGUCACUUUGUACCGGGUCCAAAAGGGGAAAGCUCGAGACCAGGGUUUGGACACCGAGCAGACGGAAGAGCGAUCUCACCAUCGCGCCAGGCGGGGCGAUCAGGAUAAUCCAUACUACGACCCAUAUAUGUUUCCCGACCACAACCUAAUCGGUAGAGUUGAUAUGGUUCUUUAUAGCGGACCAUGUGAAGACCAGUACCAAUGCUUUAGUGUCUGGGGGUUCUAUCAAUCAUCGCCCGAAGGGAUGAAAAAGUAUGGGUACCAUUGAAGUACGCUACGUACAAACCAAACCCCCAAAAAGAAGAGGUUAUAAAAUCUAUUAAACUACUACUAACGUUCACAUUAUUGCACACAACUUCUGCUUCACUGUAAAACCAUUAAAAGGUAUACAAUAGUUAGCUGCACAGCAUCACCGCAAACAACAAAAACCUAGCUGCCGUCCCCCAAUCAAACGUUUUCAUGCAUCAAGUAAAACUACACGUGCACGAACAGUACCGGUCGUCUGAUGCUCAUAGAGUAUUUGUUCUAUUAUGAACGGCAUAACGUCGCUAUUGCAGCUACUGUGAACCGGACGCUGAAGUGUACUGCAAUUUCGGAUCGGUAGGCGGAGCUUUUUUAAAAAUGUAAUAGAGCACGUUAAAAAAAUUAUUAGGCUUCAUAACACA